CCAUCUCCCAUAUCUCACAAAAGUAGUUGAGCCCAAAAAACAUGUGGCCUUUCUCCCGUUCUGAUCCAGGUCCAUCACAACCCCUCUCUCCCUCCUCUCAGAACUCUACAGAUAUCCCAACCCCAUCAAACUCGGAAUCCUCAAAACUUACAACCUCUUCUGAUCAAGUGACACAACUCGCGAUCGUCGAAAGGUCAAAUCAUUCGAAUUCGUCGGAGGAAGUCAAGAGUGAUAAACGUAAUGUAAAAUCACCAUUGAAUAUCCCACAAGGGAAUAGUACUGUGAUUCCUGAUACAGAGGAGGAAGACAAGUUGACAGGAGAUAAAUUGAAAGAUUAUAAAACUGCUAUUUCUAGAAUAGAUAUCCGAAGAGAUUUACGAAAUAUCGAUCAAAUACCUUGUGCUCGUACUAGUUUCUUAUAUGGUAUAGCUGGAGGUAGUGGGAUAGGAGCUGUUCGAUAUUUAGGUGGUAAGAAUGUGAGAUCUGCUAGUCAUUGGGCUGUUUUUGGUUUCAUCACUAUUUCCGUUAUACAAUGGGAGUUAUGUAAUCGCGCUCGAGCCAAAGAAUUACAACGUAUGCGCACGAUCCAAGAACAUUUCCCACAUCGACACAUUUCCAAAUUGAAAAGAAAAGAGGAUGCCGAGUCAGAGUCAAAGUGAUGGCAGAUCAAUGUAAACUAUUCAUGCACAAUUCAUCUCAUACU